CAAUUUUUGUUUCUGCUUUACCGGGAACACGUUUUCAAAAUUCAAACCCUAAACCCCUUUUGUUUUGUCACUUAAUUAUUAAAAAGAAACAACUUAAAAUGAUUAAAGGAAAGCGCGUUGGGUUUAAAUACCCCCCACGAUUGUUCAAGUCAAUAGGUCAACCGAACCCAGAAACCUGAAGAGCCACGGAGUCGGUGGCCUUCGAUCGUCAUCAUCGCCGUUUACCCAUGGCCGGACCUUCGUGGUUGGUGGACAAAAAGAGAAUCGCAACAAAAAUCAGGAAUGCAUCUACAAGUGAUCCAGCAAGAAUCAAAUGGCAAAGCAAUCCAACUAGAGCUUGCCCAAACUGCCAAUAUAUGAUUGACAACAGUGAUGUUGCUCAAGAGUGGCCAGGAUUACCCAAGGGUGUGAAAUUUGAUCCAACUGAUCAAGAGAUUAUAUGGCACUUGCUUGCAAAAACUGGUGCAGGGGAUUUGAGACCCCAUCCUUUUAUUGAUGCAUUUAUCACAGACUUUGAUGAUGAUGAGGGAGUCUUAUGUUCCCAUCCAAAGAAACUACCAGGUAUUAAGCAAGAUGGAAGUGUAUCCCACUUCUUUCAUUUAGCAAUUAAGGCUUACAACACUGGAACUCGAAAGCGUCGAAAAAUACAUGAUGAUGAGUAUGGUGAUAUCCGCUGGCACAAGACUGGAAGGACUAAACCAGUGAUCUUGGAUGGGGUUCAAAGAGGGUGCAAGAAGAUUAUGGUUCUGUAUACAAGCAUGGCCAAAGGAGGCAAAGCUGAGAAGACCAAUUGGGUCAUGCAUCAAUAUCACCUGGGAACUGAUGAGGAUGAGAAGGAUGGGGAGUAUGUAAUUUCUAAAAUAUAUUACCAGCAACAACAAGUCAAGCAAGCUGAUAAAACUGAUCAAAAUUCUCCUGAAACUAGUGAUCCUGUGAUUCAAGCAGAUCCAGUUACUCCCAAGUCGGUGAUUCCUGAAACUCUGGACCCUGCUUUCAAUUUGGGAGAAGAUAUUCCUGCUGCUUGCACUGAACCCAAGUCAAUAACUCCUGAACCUCCACGCCCUGAAAGGAGACAUUCUAAUCUUGGUUUGGGGGAAGAUACUCAUGUUGCUUCCACAGAUCCCUUUCUUCAAAUGCAACUGAAGCAUCGUGAUAUGGACUUUGUUGAAGAUGAAGUUCAUCAUGAAUAUGAAAAUUCUGGCUGUCAUGAUCAACACAGCAUAGAGAUUCCAAAUGAUGAAGCAAUAAACAACAAUGUAAAUCAUACUCAGGAAGAUCCAAAGUGGUGGGACAGUGAGUCACAGAAUCUGCUGGAUUCACAACAACUUGUGGAAGGCUUGUCUUUAUGUGAUGAUCUUCUUCAGAGCCAAUCUCCAACUAGGGGUGAACAUGGAAAUGGUGAACCAGCACAGGUCAAACCCUGUCUUGCUGAUUAUGCUAAGCUAGGAGCAGAUGAUUUAAAGAAGGAUCUAGAGGAGUGCCAAAAUAUUGUCCUCGAUCCUGCUAACAUGGAACUUGGAACACCUCCAGAUUUCCGACUUAGCCAGCUCGAAUUCGAAUCACAGGAAAGUUUCCUUUCUUGGGGUGGCAAAUUGGCUUAGUGAUUAUGGCUGCACUAGCACACUAGUAGCAACUAUCUUUUGAGUAAACCAUGCCUGACAAUCGUGUCUGCUGGAGUGCUGAGUGUCCAUCUCUAACCCUUUGGAGUACAGCUUGAAUUGAUAUCUGGUGGAAAAGUACCACCCUUUUUGUAAACUAUGAGUCACGAAUAUUUGGUGUUCAAGCACUGAUCAAACCUACUGUUUUGCU